AUGAGCAACAAUGAUAAUGUAUUUCAUUAUUUAGACAGUGGGCUGGAGGAUAUUUCUAUUCAAAGUGUCUAUAUAGAGGAAGAAGAUCUUAAUCUUCUUUUAGCAGGUUAUAAAUUUAACCGAUUCCGUCUUUAUAUAUAUUAUAUCCUCUGCGUUUUGACCGGAGGAACUUUUUAUCUUGUUUGUCGAUGGAUACCGAAAUUAUGGGUUUCGUUGGUAGGCAACGUCUGUGAGCUAGGAAAAGCAGAUUGGGUGGUUGUGAAGAAUCAAUGGGGAGAUAUAUCAAUCGAAUAUGUAACUCGUAAAUAUUACGGUGGAACCAUAUCUUCAGUCUUCUCAGUUGAUAAUUCUGAAGACAAUAACGUUUCUAGGCUUACCUCUUAUCGAUCCGAUGACAUUUUACAUAACUUGCACUUUUUUGAUCAUCGUUAUAUUCGAUUCAUUUACAGCCCUAUAUUAGGGAAAUUCAUACAGAAUAACUUUUGGAAAGACCCUGCAUGGGUAUCUGUUGACGUGUUGAAAAAUGGAAUUGAUCGUGAGAUUCAUAACGAACGUGAAAUUAUCUUUGGUCAAAAUUUGAUUGAUAUUAAAGAAAAGUCUACCAGUCAACUUUUAAUUGAAGAGACUAUGAAAAAACUUCGUGAAAUGUCAAAAUUUGUUUGUAAUGUACGAACACUUCGUGGUAAUCUCUGGAGAACUGUCUCAUCAGAAGAUUUAGUGCCUGGAGACGUAUUUGAAAUAUCUGAUAGGAAUUUACACAUUUUUCCAUGUGAUGCUGUUUUAUUGUCAGGCGAUUGUAUUGUGAAUGAAAGCAUGCUCACUGGAGAAUCUAUCCCUGUGUCCAAAUUGCCUAUUGAUGAUACGUCUUUGAAUAUAUUGGACUUAACCUCCACCAAUGUUCGACCGGAAGUGGCCAAACAUUUUUUGUUUUCCGGAACGAAAAUUGUACGAGUGCGUCGGGCCAAGAAUAGUAUUACGUCAUCUAGUGCAGAUACCGGCAACAUAUCUGAUGAUGACGGAGCUUUAGCAAUGGUCGUACGAUUUAACACAACUAAAGGUUCUUUGAUUAGAUCAAUGCUGUUUCCGAAACCACAUAAAUUCAAGUUUUAUCGCGAUUCAUUUCGUUUCAUUGGUGUUUUGGCUAUAAUUGCUGCAAUUGGCUUUUUGAUUAGUACUUAUAAUUUCGUUAGAUUGGGUGUAAAUACUGUUUUAAUAAUUUUGCGUGCGUUGGAUUUAAUUACUAUUGUGGUUCCUCCUGCAUUACCUGCAACAAUGACCAUUGGUACAAAUUUCGCUAUUGGAAGAUUAAAAAAAGAGGGAAUAUUUUGUAUUAGUCCACCAAGAGUUAAUGUUGGAGGAAAGUUAAAUGUCAUGUGUUUUGAUAAAACGGGCACGCUUACAGAAGACGGAUUAGACGUUUUAGGUGUUCGUUUUAUCAAUCAAAUUUCACACAGGUUCACGGAGCUUCAUACUACGGUCGACACAAUCUUUAAAAAUGAUAGUUACAAGACUAAUAAUUCUAUUCCUCCAAUAUUGUGUGCCAUGACUACAUGCCAUUCUCUUAAAUUAGUCAAUGGUGAACUAAUUGGUGAUCCACUUGAUUUAAAAAUGUUUGAUUUUACCAAAUGGAUACUUGAAGAAAGUGGACAAGGAGUUUCAUCUAGUACAUUAGGAUUGUCAGCUGGAUCAGCACCCUCUGGGAGACCGAGUAGCCCAACGACUGGAAAUGGUGGCAUAGUGCCAACAGUGGUUAGACCACCUAAUAGUAAACAAUUUGAUUUGACAGAAGUACUUAAUGUAGAAGGAAAAAACAGUGAUGGAAAACCUACACCAUACAUAGAGUUAGGAAUAAUUCGAUCCUUCGAGUUUGUUUCAUCAUUACGACGUAUGAGCGUACUCGUAAAACGCCUACGAAAUCAAACAAUUGAAGUUUAUGUUAAAGGAGCACCAGAAGUGAUGCGCGAUAUUUGUAAAACCGAUUCCUUUCCGGAGGAUUAUGAUGAAUUAUUACAUUAUUAUACACAUAAUGGCUUUCGCGUAAUUGCAUGCGCUUCUAAAAGUUUCACUGAUCUCAGUUGGAUGAAGGCUCAGAAGAUCAAAAGAGAACAGGUAGAACAAGAUUUAGAGUUUAUAGGCAUUAUAGUCUUCGAGAAUAAAUUGAAGCCUGGUACAGCCUCAGUUGUUGAAACUCUCAAAAGGGCCAAAAUACGACAGAUAAUGUGUACUGGUGAUAAUGUUUUGACUGCAAUAAGUGUUUCUCGUGAAUGUGGAUUGGUCAAUAAGGCGUCAAAAGUUUAUGUACCAAGAUUCGUUCAAGGGUCAUCUUUAAGUUCACGAGCAUCCAUUUUAUGGGAGAGUUUGGAUAACCCCAAAGAUUCACUGGAUUCAACAACAUUAAAACAAAUUAUUUCUGUAUCGCAGGAUUUUCCUAACGAUUAUCCGUUUAUUAGUCCUUAUGAAUACGACCUUGCAGUGACUGGAGAUGUUUUUCGUUGGAUUAUAGAUUAUGGAGAUGAAAUGACAUUUACUCGGAUGCUUGUCAAAGGUCAAAUUUUUGCACGUAUGUCACCAGACGAGAAACACGAAUUAGUAGAAAAAUUACAGGAAAUAGAUUAUUGUGUUGGCUUCUGUGGUGAUGGUGCUAACGAUUGUGGAGCACUUAGAGCGGCUGAUGUUGGGAUGUCACUUUCUGAUGCUGAAGCUUCUGUUGCAGCUCCAUUUACGAGUCGUAAGAUGGAUAUCGGCUGUGUUAUCGAAGUUAUUAAAGAAGGUCGAGCAGCCCUAGUCACGAGUUUCAGUUGCUUUAAAUAUAUGGCACUGUAUAGCAUGAUUCAAUUCACAACAGUUAGCAUAUUAUAUUAUUAUGGGUCUAAUUUGGGGAACCUUCAGUUUCUUUAUAUAGAUUUAUUCUUAAUAUUGCCCAUCGCAGUUUUAAUGGGGCGUACGGAACCAUUCCCACGCAUACAUCCCAAACGUCCAACCGCAAGUUUGGUCUCCAAAAAGGUAUUAACGUCGGCGAUUGGACAAAUUUUAAUCCAGUCAGGAAUUCAAUUCUUAGUUCUUGUAAUUAUACACAAUCAGUCAUGGUAUCGAAAACCAACCUUUAAUCCGGAUGAGACAGAUAUAAAAAAUUUUGACAAUUCGAUAUUAUUUUUAUUAUCAUGUUUUCAAUACAUUAUCAUCGCAGCGGUGUUUAGUGUUGGACCUCCAUAUAGAAAACCGAUGAUUACGAAUGUUCCAUUUAUAAUCACGACGACUUUGUUUACUUUUAUUACGGCAGCAAUCCUUUUAUCACCUUCAAGUCUUAUUAUAAGCUUAUUAGAACUAGAGAACAUUGACUAUCUUUUUAGAUGGUAUCUACUAGCUAUUGUAGUAGCUGACUUUCUUAUCUCGUUAGUCAUGGAGAAAUACGUCUUUGAAGUUAUUUCACAAUGGAUAGGUAUUGCAAUAGUUAAAUCGGACAAAAAAAUGUUUAAAAAAAUAUUAAAUGAAAUGGACACUAGAGACGCUGUAAAUUAUGUUUAA